AACCUACGAGACAUCUCGGUGGCAGAGUCCUCCAGAGGUUGAACUCCUCAAUACUCUUACCUGAUCUCGAGGUGCGACUGUUGGCGGCGAGGUUUAACAAAAAUGUCUGAGGGCAAGGAGCAUUUGUCCAUCGUCAUUUGCGGCCAUGUCGACUCUGGCAAGUCCACCACCACGGGCCGCCUGUUGUUCGAGCUCGGCGGUAUCCCUGAGCGUGAGCUGGAGAAGCUGAAGGAGGAGGCUGCUGCCCUUGGCAAGUCCUCGUUCGCCUUCGCCUUCUACAUGGAUCGCGCCAAGGAGGAGCGUGAGCGUGGUGUGACCAUUGCCUGCACCACCAAGGAGUUCUUCACGGAGAGGUGGCACUACACCAUCAUCGAUGCUCCUGGUCACCGUGAUUUCAUCAAGAACAUGAUCUCUGGUGCUGCCCAGGCUGAUGUGUGCCUGCUGAUGGUGCCCGCCGAUGGUAACUUCACCACCGCCAUCCAGAAGGGUGACCACAAGGCUGGUGAGAUCCAGGGCCAAACUCGUCAGCACGCUCGCCUGAUCAACCUGCUGGGUGUGAGGCAGCUGAUUGUGGGUGUGAACAAGAUGGACUCCGAUACCGCUGGUUACAAGAAGGAGCGCUACGAUGAGAUUGCCAACGAGAUGAAGCACAUGCUUGUCCGCGUCGGCUGGAAGGAGGACUUCGUGACCAAGUCGGUGCCCAUCCUGCCCAUCUCGGGCUGGCUCGGCGACAACCUCAUCAGCAAGUCCACCAACAUGACCUGGUAUACCGGCCAAGAGGUUUUGAACCUCAAGAACGAGAAGGUCAAGGUGCACACCCUCCUGGAUGCCUUGAACGGCUUCGUCACGGUGCCGGAGCGCAAGACUGACGCCCCCCUGCGUCUGCCCAUUUCGGGCGCGUACAAGAUCAAGGGUGUGGGUGAUGUGCUUGCUGGUCGUGUGGAGCAGGGUGUCGUCAAGCCCGGUGAUGAGGUUAUUUUCCUGCCCACUCACACCACCGCUAACCCGUGCACUGGCAAGGUGUUCACCGUGGAAAUGCACCACAAGCGUGUCGACAAGGCUGGCCCUGGCGAUAACGUCGGCAUGAACAUCAAGGGUCUGGACAAGGGCAACAUGCCACGCACCGGAGAUGUGAUGAUCCUGAAGUCCGACUCUACCCUCAAGAUCGUGAAGGAUUUCACUGCCCAGAUUCAGACGCUGGAUAUUCCCGGCGAGGUCAAGAAGGGCUACUCGCCCAUCGGCUUCGUGCGCUGCGGUCGCUCCGCCUGCCGUAUGACGAGCAUUGACUGGAAGGUUGGCAAGGAGACUGGCGGCAAGAAGAUGGAAUCGCCUGUUGGCCUGAAGGCUAACGAGAUGGCGCAGGUCGUGUUUGAGCCAACCCAGCCCCUCAUCGUGGACUCGUUCAAGAACUGCGAGGGUCUGUCCCGUAUUGCCUUCCUGGACGGCAACACUGCCGUCAUGCUUGGCAAGGUGGUGAGCGUCACCCACAAGUAAAUGGAGUUGUCUUAGUGCUGGAUGCUUGUGGGAUUUUUAAGACGUUUUUGCUGUGACGUUUCGCAUUGACGUGUCUACCGCGACAUUUUAAUUUCGUCAGUUUUGCGGAUGUUCAAUGAGAGGGCCGCCUCAUGGCCCGCAGGAGAGAGUUCAGACCUAAAACAGAAAAUAUGAUUUCGCUGUAAAUACAUUGUAAACGUCAUGGUACAUUGAG